AUGGCGGAGGCAGCUCACGAUGCGAAUGGCGCUGGGGAGGCUUUAUCUCAGGAUGCUGCAACAGCAGCAGCAGCAGCAGCAGCAGUUGCAGCAGCAGCAGCAGCAGGUGCAGCAGCAGCUUCUGGGGGCUCAAGUGGCACCGUCAGCAGCAGCAGCAGCGGCAGCAGCAGCAGCAGCACCACCACCGGGGCCUCAGCUACAACCAACGGUGAGAGCAGCAAGCCCGCAGUGCCGCCUGUUGAGAUUAAGCUGUUCAUAGGUCGUGUCCCCCAGUCAAUUGAAGAAGAGCAGCUAAAACCUGUCUUUCAAGAGUUCGGAGAGGUUAGAGAGGUUAUCAUCAUACGCGACAAGGCGACAGCAAAACAUAAGAACAGUGCAUUCGUUAAGAUGGCUUCAAUAAGCGCUGCUGACAGCGCUAUAAAGGCGCUGCACAACACUCGCGUCUUAGAGUCUGCGAUGGGUCCGAUGACAGUUAAAUACGCGACUGGUGAAGCGGAGAGGCUCGGCCUCAACCCGCAGGCUUGCGAGCCGGGAGUACCUCAAGCGAAAUUAUUUGUCGGGAGUCUGCCCAGGAGUUUGAAAGAAGAAGAACUGAAGGCUUUCUUUCUUAACUAUGGCACU